AUGGCUGACGACGAUCUAUGUUGCUUCCCUAAGGAUUCUUUCCUUGGUAAAGCACCUAAGAAGUCCCCAUUGCUCUUGAGAAUGGUUGUUGUGGUGCUUCUAAUGGCCUGCAGCCUGUACAUAUCAUCAGUCUGUCUCAAGCAAGUUGGUAUUGUCAGUGUCAACAGCCCGGGGAUUAUCAAGAUUGUUGAAAAGCUGUGUCCGGUACCUAAUAUUGAGCCAUGGGAGAUACCAUAUGUGCAUUACCCGAAACCCAAGAUGUAUAGUAGGGCAGAAUGCGAGUGCAGCCCUGUCCGGUAUUUUGCAAUUUUGUCAAUGCAGAGGUCUGGAAGUGGAUGGUUUGAGACUUUGUUGAACAACCAUACUAAUAUAAGCUCAAAUGGAGAGAUUUUCUCUGUUAAAAUACGGAGGAGAAAUGUGUCGACCAUUGUUGAGACUUUGGACAGAGUCUAUAACUUAGACUGGUUGAGUAGUGCCUCUAAGAAUGAGUGCACGGCUGCAGUGGGAUUCAAGUGGAUGCUUAAUCAGGGUGUGAUGCAACAUCCUGAUGAAGUUGUGGAGUACUUUAGAACUAGGGGGGUUUCAGCUAUCUUCCUCUUCCGGAGAAAUCGCCUGCGCCGAAUGAUUUCCGUACUAGCUAAUGAGUAUGAUCGAGAGGCAAAGCUGUUGAAUGGGACCCACAAGUCGCAUGUCCAUUCACCUCACGAGGCAGAGAUACUAGCUAGGUACAAGCCCUUAAUCAACACAACCCUGCUGAUUGACAACCUGAAGCAAGUAGAGAAUACAACUGCGCAAGCCUUGGAGUACUACAAAAGCACUAGACACAUGAUUCUUUACUAUGAAGACAUAGUAAAGAAUCGCACUAAACUGUAUGAAGUCCUAGACUUUCUGAAGGUUCCGCAGAGAGAGCUGAAGAGCCGGCAAGUGAAGAUUCACAAAGGAUCCUUAUCUAAUCAUGUUGAGAACUGGGAGGAAGUCCAAGCGGCACUACAAGGAACACAAUAUAAAGCCUUCCUCGAUAUAGAUUACUAG